AUGGAAAGACUUAGUUACUGGGUGACUUCUCAAGGUUGGAUAUUUCUACUCGAUCCUCUAUUGUUGAAAACUUUUCUGUGGGACCCCAUAACCUUAAGGAAGGUUAGACUACCAUCUAUGGAGCUCAAUUUGCCGAAAGAAUGCAAGUGCCUGCUCUCCGAACAGCCUACUGACCCAAACUGUUCUGUGGUAAUUAUAGAUCCUACAAAUAGUAUUUUCUGGUACUGCCAUCCUGGAGAGAACAAGUGGGUCAAACACAAGAAUAUCUGCUACUCAAAGAUAAACUUAGAUAGAAUAGCUGUUGUGAAGGGCAGGAUUUAUCAUUAUGAUCUUUGCGAUGAGAAGCUAGAAAUAUUCGAAUUUUCUCCAUUCUCGAAUAUUAUAACUUUUCCUAUAAAGAAGUACGAGGAUCCAGCCGGCCGUAAUAUGUUUGAACACUAUUUAUUGGAGUCUCGCGGGGAGUUGUUUCUAGUAUUUUUUUGGUUUCUAAGGUUCAGUGCUAGAACAAUCGCCCAUAUCUGUGUCUGGAAGAUGGAUUUCUCAAAGCUGGCAUGGUUUCCGGUAGAAAGUCUAGGGGAUCAGGUGUUCUUUGUGAGUAGAAUAUCAGGAUUUGCCGCAUCUGCGAGAGAGCUUGGUUUUAAGAAAAAUUGCAUAUAUUUUGUAAAUUCCGAUGACAGAUACUUACAUAUCUUUGACAUGGAAGAAGGGACUAUUGCUACUCACGAUCCAUGCCCGAAUCUCAGUGUCUCUUGGUGCGAGCCUUUCUUCAUGAUGCCUACCCGUAGUUGA